CGAUCUGCUCCUCGGUUACACAUGAAUUCAAACUCUGCGCAAUCAAGACCAUUUGAUAAAAAUCAGAGCAGGUGGGCCUUGUAUGCCUUGUACUGUUCCUUUGAAUGGAGCAGGAGCACCCCCAGACAUUUCAGAUGGGGCUGCCGGCUGGCGAAUUGUAUUACUUUGAGUGGAAAUGGCGAGUGGCAUGAAUCUCAAAUCCCAUUGUUUUGUUGAAUGCUGUUUUGUCGCUUUUGUCAUUCCUACAAAGUCACACUUCAAGGAUUUGCUCCCAUGCUUGAGAGUCCUGUACUCUUUCACAAAGGUGCCAGUCCCACCUCAAGCAACUCACAGGACAUACCAUGAAAUCGCAUUCACCCAGAGGUUUUGAACAGUCUUCUGCUGCUAGCUCGUAGAGUUAUGAGGGCUGUGGCCCGAGUUCUUCUCUUGUUGUGUGCAGGCUGUACAGCAGUAGAGCUGCCUGCGCAGGGCGUCCUCCGUCGAGAGGUUGACCGCGUGUUGAAUACCUACUGGCGAGGGAGAGAAGGGUAUGCCAUCUCUGCCAAAGAAGAGCGACGAAUCAACCGCGGUGAUGGAAAUCCAGGGCUGUAUGGGGAACUAGCACCAGAAGGAGCCCGGCGAUUGGCGGAAGAGUGGGGGCUUUGUGAAGGUGGCAAAGCGGUGGCGACUUUUGCAGACCUUGGCAGUGGUGUUGGAAAGCUGGUCGUCCAGUCGUACUUGGAAUGGCCCGGUGUACACCGGGCGUUGGGUGUUGAGCUCUCUGCCACCAGAGCGAAGCGUGCUUUGGAGGCUUGGGAGGCGUUGCUUCUCAGUGACGAGGCAUUUGAGCUGCGGCAGAUGGCCCUGAAUCUUGCUGGGGACAAUGAUGCAACACCGAAUCCGGCGGAAGAGGUGAAACUCUUGCACGGCGACCUGUUGGAUGCCGACUUGAGUGAUGUGACGCACGCCUACGUGUCUUCCCUGUGUUUUCCAGAGUCCUUGAUCUUUGACGUGAGUUUGAAGUUGAAGCAGGCUCCUCGGCUUCGAGCUGUGGCAUCCUUGCAGCCUUUGAAUUUGGAUUCAGGAGCUGGGAAAGGGCAGGAACGUGAUGAGAAAGAAAGCAAGAAAGAAAGAAAGAAAGACAUAAAAGAAAAGAAAAGGCAAAAAAGGAAAAGAACAAGAAAGAAAGAACGAAAAGAAAGAACACAAUAGAAAACAAAGACAUAUAGAAAGAACGAAAGACAGAACGGUAGAAAUAACAGAUACAGUAGAAAGAAGGAAAGAACGAACGAUAGAAAGAACGAAAGACGGGCAGAAAGAACGAAAGAAAGAACGAUAGAUAGAGAGCUAGUGAGAGUGAUAUAAAGAUAGAGAUAGACAUGCGCAAAGGUGUCAAGGUCAAGGUGUGGAUUCUUGGAUUCUUGUCAUCAGCAUUUUCUUAUUAAUCUGGACAUGAGACAAACUCGGGAAGAGUGCGUACGAGUUGAGUCAGCCUUAGGUGCUCGCCUUUUGGCGCUACCCACGUCCUGGACAUCCCGACGAGGUAUGGGCACCAUUGCUCACUUUUAUGACCUCGGCUAAAAAGGGAUGGGCGCUUUCGCAUUUUCAGAAUUUCGACAGACCAAGCUGACUUGGUUUGAGCGAACAUGGA